GCUAUACGGUUAAUAUUACAUGUCUAUGAACGUUACAAAGCGUAAAAACAAUUUUUAAAAUUGUUGACGAUUCUAUCAGAAAGUGUUAAACAUGAGUUCAAGAUAUGAUAGAGCUAUUACAGUAUUUUCUCCAGACGGUCAUUUACUUCAAGUUGAAUACGCCCAGGAAGCUGUUAGGAAAGGUUCCACUGCAGUGGGCGUUAGAGGCACGGACGUCGUGGUCCUGGGGGUCGAGAAGAAGUCCGUCGCGAAGCUGCAGGAAGAACGAACAGUUCGCAAAAUAUGCCUUCUAGAUGAUCAUGUAGUAAUGGCAUUCGCAGGUUUGACUGCUGAUGCUCGAAUUCUGAUAAACCGAGCUCAGAUUGAAUGCCAGAGCCACAAACUAACUGUAGAGGAUCCUGUCACCUUGGAGUACAUAACGCGCUACAUCGCAGGCCUGAAGCAGAAAUACACCCAAAGUAAUGGCAGGAGGCCCUUUGGCAUAUCUUGCCUUCUCACCGGUUUCGACUACGACGGGGUGCCCCACCUGUACCAGACGGAGCCCUCCGGCAUCUACUACGAGUGGAAGGCGAACGCGACGGGGCGCAGCGCCAAGACGGUGCGGGAGUUCCUGGAGAAGUACUACACGCCGGAGGUGGUGAGCUCGGAGAAGGGGACGGUGAAGCUGGCGAUCAGGGCCCUGCUGGAGGUGGUGCAGUCGGGACGCAAGAACCUGGAGAUUGCGGUGAUGCGUCGCGGGGAGCCCAUGCAGAUGCUGGAUGGGGAUAAGAUUGAGGAGUAUGUGUCCGAAAUAGAGAAGGAGAAAGAAGAGGAAGCAGAGAAGAAAAAGCAAAAGAAAUAAAAAUGAAAACAGGGUGGUUGUUAACAAUGUAAUUUUUAUGUACAUUAAAAUAAAUUGCUUUGUUUUUAAGCUAGAAAA